ACUCAUUCUAUGAAGACUAUCAUUCCUGUUGACUACCCGUAAUAUUUGCGAAGUGACUGAAUCUUGAGAAAUUGUUUCUUAAGAACUGCGAAAAUUUUACUAGUCUAAAACUUGAGUUUGAAGUACGUUAGGACUAUGUUUCCCUUGGCCGCGAACAGGUUAUCUCUAGCUUUAUAUGUUGAUAAGAGGGGCAUGGCACAGUUGUUAAAGAUGAUGAAAGCCGUGCGAAUUCACAAAUUUGGCGGGCCAGAAGUUUUAAAAACUGAAACCAUCCCUAUUCCAAGCAUAAAACAUAACGAGGUGCUUAUUCGUGUUAGGGCUGCAGGUAUUAAUCCCGCCGACACGUAUAUUAGAAGUGGCGGUUAUGGACUCUUGCCAGAACUACCUGCAAUUCUGGGGAAGGAUGUAGCUGGAGAAGUAGAGGAAGUCGGCGAAACGGUGAAGAACUUUAAGAAAGGCCAGAGAGUGUUUGCAGAGUUGCAGGACAGGAAUGGUGGUUAUGCAGAGUACGUUGCUUGUCCAGAAGAUAAUGUUUUUCCACUGGCACACAGACUGACCUUUUCACAAGGAGCUGGUCUUUACAUUCCAUAUGUCACAGCCUACAGGGGAUUGGUAACAAAGUGUAAAGCAAAAGCUGGGCAGCUGUUGUUGGUGCAUGGGGCCAGUGGUGCUGUGGGUGUGGCAGCUGUGCAGCUGGCAAAGUCUCUCGGUCUCACUGUUGUUGGAACUGCAGGAUCAUCUGAAGGACUUGAACUGGUGAAAAAAGUGGGAGCUGAUCAUGUGUUCAAUCACAGGACAGAUGGGUACUUGGAAAAUGCGGUAAAGACUGUUGGAAAGUUUGACAUUAUAUUUGAAAAUCUUUCUAAUGUGAAUCUGGGAGCAGAUCUGACAGUUAUGAACAAGAAUGCAUCUAUAGCGAUUGUGGGAUGUCGAGGAACAGUUGAAAUAAAUCCGAGGCUUAUAAUGCAAGCAGAGGCAACAGUGCAUGGUGUCUUCCUCUACAACUCAACUUCAGAGGAGAGACAAGCUGCUAUUGACAAUCUCUUGGAUGGAAUUGCCAAAGGCUGGGUCAACCCUGCCGUGGCUAAGGAGUACAAGUUUGAGGAAGCUUCUCAAGCUCACCACGACAUCAUCCAUACCAAGGGAGCAACAGGCAGGCUUGUGUUAACUCCCUGAGGAUGCAUUUAGAGGGCUGGGCAUAAAACACAGCCACUAAUAUCCUUCUGUUGUUCAGUUCUAUGUUUCUAUAAGUGGAAAUCUGGGUUUGGGGGUUGACUGCCAGCAGCAGUAUUUUAAAUGUUGAUUGUGGUUCAUUAGUGCUCAUCUGAUGAUACUUUAAUUUCAUGAAGUGGACUGCUACAUUGUUAUUUGGUAGCAGGAACAAUAACACACACUUACCAGGAGUUACAACAAUGUGUAGAGUGAAUGUGUAGUGAACAGAGGGACAUUAUUUGAUUUGAAAAUGAAACUGAGAUUAUUUACAUCAUAGAGGUACAAUAAAUGCAGUGGAAAGGCACAGCUUACCAAUGGACUGUGGAAAUGAGUUAUGGAUCAAGUUGUUGAAUGAUUUAGUGUAGUGGAGUUUAGUUUUAGCAAGCUAGAGCUCAUGUAAUAUGGUGUGUCCUGAAGUGAAAUAUGUCUAUGGAGUCAGUGUCCUCCAAGUAAUCUUUUGUUUUGUUCAGACAUAUAAUCAUAAACAAAUGGAAUUAUGACACAUAUAAUUGCAACUUAACUGAAAUUGUACAUGAAAUUAUGAUACAUGCAGUUGAAGUGAACUUAAAUUGUUAUUUUGUUGUUAAAUUGCAUUUUACAUAGAUUAUUUUUGAUAAAUAACAUAAAAUGUGUAAUUUGAACACAAGCAAAAGAGAGAGCAAAACAAAGGAAAUUAAUUGUUGACUAAAUCUAACAAGUGAGAUAAUAUAUUCAUGAAUAAUUUCUAACAAAUGGACUACAUUCUGUAGCACUUUUUAAACAAGUUCUUCACAUAGUUCUUCCAUGGUUUCACAUACAAAUUUGCACAUAAGACAGUUAGGAAUGUAGAUAGAAAUUCCUCCUAAGUGUUGACAAAAGCAAAAAUGUGAUGCUGUGUGGACAGAAAGUAUAGUGGUAGUAGGAGAAAUUAUAGUGGUAGUAGGAGUAACGGCUUUUAUUGUAGCGGUAGCUCAUAAAGUGUAACGAAAUCAAGGAAAUCUUGCUCUGAGUGUUUUGUUUUCACAAGGUGUGCCAUUACCCACAGCACAUAGCUGCAUGGUUUGAUUGCCAUAAAUGUGGGCAUGUGUUCAAUGUAUUAGCAAACUGUCUUUGGAGGCAACUAAACAUUGAUCGGUAAUAUAGGGUAACCAGUAUUUUCACCAGUAACAACUAACAUUUUUGGUUUUGGUGCCUUUAGCAGUUUUGAAUUUCAAAUACCAGAUUUAGUUAACACAGUAUAAAUUAUUCCAUUCAGUGAUCUGGACACUCCAUGUAAGGCAUGAUCCGCUUUAUUUGAAUCUAAUCUGGGUUGUGCAUAAAAGAUAUCCUUAAAACCUAUAACUACUCCUUGUUUUUUUCAGGUCAAAACCCAGGGCAUUUGUUGUGAAAGUAGUUAAUGUGAAAUCUGACCAAUUAGAGGCAUCCGGUGGUGUGACACCAAUUGCAUCUAGCCACAGGUGUUGCCCAUGAUAGUAAUUAAAAAGUGCAUGGACAUGAUUUGAUUUUAAAGUAUCUUAUCAGUGCUCUUUCUUAUGUAAACAAUUAGCAUAUAUCAUACAUCAUCUAGAAGAGCUACCAGAUUGUUCUGUUCUAAGCGGAAGUGUAAUCUCAGUCAAGGGCAUCUGGGGACGAGUACCUAAAGUAGGGAACCGUCAAAUUCCUCCACGCUUGCCCCCUCCCACUUUCCCAGCUCACCAAAAUGUGCUCACACCACUUCCCUCACAACCAGCUUCCUCCUCCUCCUUCAAACUCUCUCCUCUCUAUGCCAACUCCCUCUCCUCCCAGGUGUGUCAAGAAAGUAAAAUAUUUAAGAAACCACUCUUGAAAAAAAAAAGUAUCUUUUAUUUUGAAGACUUUAUUACAAUCAAUACAUCAAUACUGUAGGAAAAGGUAGAUUGUUGCUUACCAUAAAGAUAACAUGCUAAGUUGCAGGCAGGCACAAUUAAGAGACACUUACACAUAAACUUUUGACUGCAGCCUUUGUCGGAAAAAGAGAAACACAGAAACACACACAAUUCAUUCACACAAUCAAGCACACCUCAUGCACAUGUGAUCGCCAACUCUGGCAGCUUGGGUCAGAGAGCAUUGCAGAGUUGCUGGUCAUGUAUGCAUAAGGUGUGCUUGUUUGUGUGAAUGACUGGUGUGUGUUUCCCUUUUUACAAUGAAGGCAGAGGCUGAAAGCUUAUGUGUUAAGUGUCUUUUAAUUGUGUCUGUCUACAAUUUAGCAUGUUAUUAUUAUGCUAACAGUCUGUGUUUUCAUACAUUGCUGAUAUUCCUACCUGGAAUUUCCAUUGUUCAUUAUAUCA